UCGCAGCUGCUGCUGCUGCCAGAUAAUCCGAAAUCCCCGACCUGAUACAGGAUUUAUCUACAUCCAUGAUCCAACAUCUGUCGAGAGCUCAGAGUAAAGAGAGCAGAGAGAGAAACCGCACAGCUGAAACGCCGUUAUUAUUUUCACAAGAGAAACCGCUCUUACACACUCCGACACGUGAGCCGCUCUGAUCUCCGCGUGUGACACGCGGUGGGCUGGGAUAAACUGUUUGUUUUCAGGUGCUGACAGUAAUCAUGGGGAAGGCAGGUAGUAAAUUAUCUUUGAGGGAAUCUUCACUGGAUGGAGUUCAGUCACAGCCGAGUCCUGUAGCUGCUAUAGAGAGUCUCACUAAGAGCAGUAAGAUGAAGGUGAAGUGGACUCACCUGGGCCUGGUGUUUUUCCUGCUGCUCUCCAUCAUCAUGACCGGCUGCUUCUUCUGGCAGUACCAUCUCCCUAAACUACAGCAAGACGAUGAUUCAGGAAACAAGUACAGCUCUGACAGGAUGUGUCCUCGUUUUCCUGAACCCACACCCCUGGAGCAUCCCAUUCCAUACCUGAAGGAGGCGCUAGAGAAAGUGGACACUUUACUCCGGCAGAGCAUCAAUCCCAUCAGGCUCCCUGCGAUGUCGGCCAUCGUGGUUUAUAACGAUACGGUGCUCUGGACCGGAAACUUCGGCAAGAGGAACGGGAGCGACCCAAACUCAGCACCUCCAAACGAGUACACCAUCUACAGGAUUGCUAGUCUGUCUAAGAUCUUCCCGACUCUGAUGCUGUAUCGGCUGUGGGAGGACGGUAAGGUCGCCUCUUUAGAUGAUCCUCUGGAGAAGUACGUGGAGAAUUUCACCAUUAAAAACCCGCUGGGAAAGAGUAAAGACUCGGAGCUGAAGUAUGUGACGGAUGGGCUGAUAUUCCUGGAUAGCGGCGAGGUCCCGAUCCGCUCGUCCUCCGUCACCCUGAGGAGAAUGGCCAGCCAGCUCUCCGGUUUACCCAGAAGACUCAGAGCGACUAACCUGCUGUGGAAAGGAAAAACUCAAGCUGCUCUUAAUCUUUUACAGGAUGAUGUUUUGGUUGCAGAUCCAGGAACCAAAUGUCACUACAGUAACCUGGCCUUCUCCUUGCUGGCUCACGUUCUGGCGGAGAGGGUGGCGCGGGUGAACUACCAGCGCUGGAUCUCUGACAACAUCCUGGACCGGCUGGGGAUGGAGGACACGGGCUUUGAGAUCAGCUCCAGCAUCCAGGGUCAGAUGGCCGUGGGGGUUUACGUUAACGGACAGCCCUCGCCGCUUUACGACCUGGGCUGGUACCGCCCCUCGGGUCAGAUGUACUCCACGGCGGCCGACCUGGCCAAGCUGGCCAUGAUGCUGCUGGGGGCGUACCACCGGAAGCUUCUGGAGCCGGAUACGCUGAAGAUCAUGCUGACUCCUCUGUUCCGCUGCGAUAAAGACUAUUUCGCUAAUCGUACAGGAACGCCGUGGGAGGUCAACGAGCAGCUCGGCUACGAGACGGUGCGCAAAGACGGAGAUCUGGAUGGAUAUUCGGCGACGCUCUCGCUGAUUCCUCGUCUCAAACUCGGCCUGAUCGUUUUAAUGGCCGGAACCAGACCUCAGAACCAGGACAUCGUAACCAAGGCGUAUUCGUACAUCGUCCCUGCGAUGGAGAGAGCUUUCAGAGACGCCAAGAGGGUUCUAGUCCCUCCACCCAAUCCGGCGCCGUACGUAGGUUUCUACACGUACGGAAACAUCACGUUCUACGAGAUCAAAGCCGGGCCGGGCGGAGUCCUCGUCAUGCAGCAGUUUGGCCCUCAGAUCGAAACCCUGAUUCCCGAGAGGUAUCGGACGAUAAAGCUGAACUACCUGGUGGAUCGGGUGUUCAGGGUGGUGUUUGAGAGGGAAUACCCCUGCGUUCUUAACGUGGGUUCAGCCUCCGUCUCAUUAGAAGCUCAGGACGGACAGCUCUUCAAUUUUUACACCUUUAACAAAAGAGAAAUCUCCCCCGGGUUCGAUGCUCCGGGUCUCAACACUUACAACGUUGUGCGAAUAAACCAAAAACCCACCUUUUCUAACUGACCUUUUUUACUAUCGUUUUGGUUCAUGUUUAUAGGCUACUUUCAAUGUGUAUCUAUGUGUACAUAAAUUAUUAAAUUAAAUAAAUUAUACAUUUUUUUGCCUUCUGACUUUACAACAUAACAACAUAAUUACAGGUCAGGGACACCUCAGCAUUAUUAUGUAUCCAAGACCUUUAUUUUCUCCUUCAGUAAAAGUUUGUAAAUAGAUAACAUUAUUCUACAGCUCCAUGAUGAUAUGCAAAUACUUUUUCAGUACGUCCAAAUAACAUGUGAUUACAUUUUUCUGAUUCAUAUUCUGAACGUUUUAUUUUAGUCUAUAAAUUACUGUAGGUAUUGUACAAAAUGCAUUAUGUUUUUUUUUUUAUUCAAGAUAGAGAAUUCUGUUUGUCCAGUAGGAUCAUUUGAAUAUGUCAUUGAAUAUAUAUAUAUAUUAUUUACAAUGUAUCAUAACAGAUAUAUUGCAUAAACUGCCAAUAUAUAGUAUGUUCACAUCCUGUCCUAAGAUGCCUUUUGUGAUACAUCAAAGAUGCAAUAACAAUAAAAUAAACCCUUUGGAAUGA